AUGGCCUUUUCAGAGAAUCUGAACAGAUCAGUUAUUGCAAAAUUGAUAGACAUUCUAAAAGUUAAUCCAUACUCUAUGUUUCUGAAAUCUUUAACGGGCAUUCCAAACCUGUCCAAUUUCUAUAUUGCACUUAAAUGUGAUUCUGCCUUGGACCAACAAACAUAUAAUUUACCCAGUGUCUCAGAAGUUGCAGCUAUAUGGGUUGAUGAUGACUCUAACAAUGCUAUCUCAUCACCGCAUAUUCGAAUUUACACCCACUGUGAUAGUAGCCAGUUGGUACGCUAUCAUUAUGGUUGUUAUGAUCCAUUACAAUACCCUUUAUUGUUUCCCUACGGAGAAAAUGGGUGGCACUCCGGCAUCCAAAAAAUUGUAGAAAAACGUAGCUCUUCCAGGAAUCAUUCUUCCCACAAUCAAGAGCAACUUCCUUCUGUCUCUAACUGGUGCUCAAUUGAUGGACUUCUUAACAUCGAAGAAGAAAUCUUACAAAAAGGGAGACGUAAUAAAAACAAUGUGUCAUGUCGUGAAUAUUACUGCUAUAAACUUCAGAUUAGAGACAAUGAAGAUAAUGGAACUUUACAUUCUGGAAGGUUAUUCCAGCAAUAUUCUGUAGAUGAAUUUAUAAAAGUGGAAACACAAAGAUUGGACUUUUUGUUAUUCAAUCAAGAUUUGUUUAGGCUUGAAGUAUUGGCAGGUCUUAGGGAUCUUCUAAGGCAAGGAGAAAGAGACACUUCAAAAAUUGGCAUAAAAACAUUCCUUCCUGCUAGCUUUACUGGAGGUCCAAGAGACAUGCGGCGUCGAUAUAUGGACGCUAUUGCAUUAGUGCAACACUUUGGUAAACCUGAUAUCUUCCUAACAAUGACAUGCAAUCCUUCAUGGCCAGAAAUAGAAGAUCUCUUACUACCUACUGAUGAAGUCCAAAACAGACCAGAUUUAAUAAGCCGUACAUUUAAAGCAAAGGUAGAAGAACUAAAGUCAGACAUCAUUAAAAAAGGUAUAUUUGGAAAAGUAGCAGCUUUUAUGUACACUAUAGAAUUCCAAAAACGAGGUCUCCCACAUGCUCAUUUCCUUAUCAUACUUGCUGAUGAAUACAAAUUAUUAACACCUGAAGCUUAUGAUAAAGUUAUUUGUGCUGAAAUACCAAACCCUGACACAAAUCAUUAUUUACAUUCAUUGGUUAUUAAGCAUAUGAUGCAUGGACCUUGCGGAAGUUUAAAUCCUAAAAGCCCAUGCAUGAUAAAGACGGGACACUGUAAAUUUAAAUAUCCCAAAAGUUAUGCCCCUGAAACAUGUAAAGGUAAGAAUUCUUACCCAAUUUAUAGAAGGCAAGAUACCGGAAAUUUUUUCAAGGUUAGAACUCAAUAUCUCGACAAUUCAUGGGUUGUUCCUUACAAUCCAUAUCUAUUAAGCAAGUUCAAUUGUCACAUAAAUGUUGAAAUUUGCUCGGAUGUUAAAGUUGUCAAAUAUAUCUAUAAAUACAUUUGUAAGGGGCAUGAUAAAAUUGCUUUCCAUGUACAUAGUAAUGAUUCUGAUGUAGAAAUAGACGAAAUAAGAGACUAUCGAUCAGCUAGAUGGGUUUCACCGCCAGAAGCUAUGUGGCGUUUGUUCGCCUUUCCUAUUAGUGAAAUGAAUCCAGCAGUCUACCAUCUUCAGCUUCAUCUUAAGGAACAACAAUAUGUUUCCUUUAAGACAACUGCAACUCUAAACUCAGUCUUAAAUAAUCCUACAACUACAAAAACAAUGUUAACAGAAUUCUUUUCAAUGAAUGCAACAAAUGCAGUUGCAAAUGAACUUAACUUACUAUACAAAGAAUUCCCCCAAUACUUUGUCUGGUCAACAAGCGAUAGAAUGUGGACACGAAGAAUACAAGGCAAUGUUAUUGGUUGUAUUGUCACUUGUCAUCCAACAGAAGGAGAAAGAUACUAUCUUCGACUAUUGUUGAUAAACAUAAGAGGACCAAAAUCCUACGAAGAUCUUAGAACUGUUAAUGGAAGAUGUUGUAGCACAUUCCGAGAAGCUGCUGAAAAAAGAGGCUUGCUAGCUUGUGACAACAACUUAAUUGAAUGUAUGUCAGAAGCUACUAAUUACCAAAUGCCAUACAGUUUGAGACGUUUAUUUGCAACACUAUUAGUUUAUUGUAACCCUGCUAAUCCGAAAGGAUUAUGGGAAAGAUUUGAAUCUUCUAUGUCUGAAGAUUUUACAGCUACACCAAACAUACAAACAAACAACAUUCAGGCUAGAGACAUCCACUUGGAAAGAAACAUAGUUGUGACUGAGGAGGAUUUAUUGCUAUACAAAAAAUUGAAUAAAGAGCAACAAACAGCAUAUCAUGCAAUCCUUAAUAGGAUAUUUUCAAAGGGAACGGGCGCUUUUUUUAUCGAUGGUCCUGGAGGAACUGGAAAAACUUUUUUAUAUCGUGCUUUACUAGCUACUGUACGAUCUAAAGGAUUUAUAGCAUUAGCAACAGCAACUUCUGGUGUUGCAGCUUCCGUCCUCCCAGGAGGACGAACUGCUCACUCACGUUUUAAACUGCCUAUUGACACAAAUAAAAGUCAUAGCUGCAAUAUUAGUAAACAAAGUUCACUUGCAUCUUUAAUUCGAGAUGCAAAGCUAAUAGUAUGGGACGAAGUAUCUAUGGCAAAAAAAAAGCUUGUUGAGACUUUUGACUUACUUUUGAGAGAUAUUAUGGACUCAAAUACACUCUUUGGUGGAAAGGUAGUUGUUUUUGGUGGUGACUUUAGACAAACUUUGCCAGUUGUACAGAGCGGGAAAAGAGAGGACUUUAUUCAUGAAUGUCUAUUGAACUCAAACAUAUGGGAUCUUCUAGAAAAAUACCGACUGUCAAAAAAUAUGCGUGCUAGAAUUGAUCCUACAUUCUGUGAGUAUUUACUGAGAAUUGGAGAUGGCAGGGAAAAGGUUAAUGAACAUAAUAAAAUUGAAAUUCCAGAAUCUUUUCUCAUUCCAUUUACAAACGAAAAAGAAUCAUUGAACAUCUUGUUGAAAACUAUUCAUCCCAAUGUAAACACACUCAUCCACGAUACAUCCUCUGUGACAUCUCGCGUUAUCCUAACAACCAAAAAUGAUUUUGUAGAUGAAAUUAAUCAAAUGUUCAUAGAUCAAUUUCCAAACACUAUUGUGACUUUUGUCGGAAUUGACGAAACUGUAGAGCCAAAAGAUCAAAGCCAAUAUGAAGAUUUUUUGCAUACUUUAAAUCCUUCUGGUUUACCUCCAUAUAAGUUAGUUCUAAAACAAAAUUGCCCUGUUAUCCUACUGCGCAAUUUGAACCCUUCUGAAGCUUCAGCAAAAAAUGGCACAAAAACUGGGUAUACAUGUAAUAACUACGGACACAGCUGA